AGGGUCCCGAGAUCUUCAGUUGCACCCCAUGUAUAUCCACAUUUGCAAAGGCUCCGUUAGUAGUUGUGAUGUAGCUUUUUUUCGAUUUAAACCUUAAUUGGCACAGGCGUGUUUAAAUCCGUGUCAUGACGCCAUCACCGAUAAUUGCGCAAUUGACAUAUUCGCUCGUUUGGAUGAAAAGCAUCCGAUUUAUGUAGCUCGCAGCGUUGUUCAGGGCAGGGGCGGGUUUACUUCUACAAGUAGCUGAAGCUCUGUCUGCUUUCACAUAACGGAGACAGCUUCGGAAGAAGUUGUUCUUUAGCGCUUUGUUGCAUAGUCACAUUGAUGUGAGGGGAAAAAAGAACAGUUGAUACUUGAUAAACUAUUUAACUUAAGUAAUAUUACACUCGUAAAGUAUUUAAGGUUGCCUAUUUGUUAUCCCAAGGACACCCAAGUAGCCGACACAGAAUGGAUGUAACAAACCAAACAUUUGACCCGCGGUGCAGGCAGCAGCCACCCGUUGCAAUCGACAUCAUUUUACAAUUAGACAUUUUUGGAAUCAUCCUGUACUCUGUCCUCACAUUCAUGGCGGCCGUGUCCAUGUUGGUUUACAUCGAGGAGUGCAUUUAUAUCUACAAAAAAGUCCCCGCCAAGAAGAAGAGUAUCAUCAUCUGGGUGAACGGAGCGGCCCCGAUAAUCGGCACCAUGUCUUGUUUGGGCAUGUGGAUCCCAAGGGCCACGAUGUUUACUGACAUGACAUCCGCAACAUACUUUGCUAUUGUUGUCUUCAAGUUCUUGGUUCUGAUGAUCGAGGAGUGUGGGGGUGAUGAGGCCUUUGUGAAGCAGUCAGCGAAGAAGACCUUCAGGAUAAGCACAGGGCCAUGCUGCUGCUGCUGUCCGUGCCUCCCCAGGGUCCCUAUCACCAGGCGGAGUCUUUUCCUCCUUAAGUUGGGCUCCUUCCAGUUCGCUUUGAUGAAGAUGGUCUUCACUAUUCUCUCCAUCAUCCUGUGGACCAAUGGGAACUAUGAUGUCACUGACCUGAAUAUCACUGGGGCUGCGAUUUGGAUUAAUCCUUUUGUGGGCAUCCUUACCAUCAUCGCUCUCUGGCCUGUCGCCAUCAUGUUUAUGCACGUACGCAUCACCCUGCGGAGCCUCAAGAUCAUCCCCAAAUACGCCAUGUACCAGCUGGUGCUGGUGCUGAGUCAGCUGCAGUCAGCCAUCAUUAACAUCCUGGCCAUGAACGGCACUAUCGCCUGCGCACCUCCCUAUUCCUCUCAGGCCCGUGGAUACCUGAUGAGUCAACAGCUGCUGAUUCUGGAGAUGUUCAUAAUCACACUGGUGACACGGCUGCUCUAUCGACGUCAGUAUGACCCUUUACCCAUCACAGUGGACAGUGACGAGGAGAAGGAGAAGAUGGUCUUGCCCUCAGAGACCACUGAGAAUGCGGCGUGAUACUGGGGGACUUGUGCUUGUGUGAGCUUGCAAACUUAACUAGUGACACACCAACUGGCAUCACGGGAAAGUGACCUGCCCUGCUUGGAGCAGGUAGAAAGAGGGGCAAGGGCUCUCCUAUAAUCGCUGACGACAUCCUUCUCUCUUCCUAUUUUCAGAAGCGUGCUGUCCUUGUGCUUUUCUAAGGUUUUGAUGCUUUCACAGUUUCACCAAGGCAAGUCAUCAAAUCAACUUUGAUGACUACAGACAUUAAGACUGCAAACAUAUUUCCAUGUGGAUAAAUAUAGUACCAUAACUUUACAUUCAACUGCACAGUAUUUGCACUUUUUUGUGCAAAAUCACAGCGGAUCCUAUGCAUCAGAUUCAAAUGAAUAGACGUACACAUGUAAUUCUGGUGAAGACUUUAAAAAGGAAGUAAUACAAUGAAUUAUAAUGUUAUUUUGAUUCUAUACCCAAGUAUAUAACUGUGGUAUCCCCAUGUCACAUACAUGAUAAUGUACUGUAUUGAAUCUGCUGCCUCUACAACUACCAUUGUACAGAUGCUUUCAGUACUGAUCGUACCUGGACUGGGAGGCAAUGUUGUGUAUAAUAAAAACUGUGUUUUUAAUCUCA